CUCCAUGCUCCCUAACCUAUCAGUGUGGGAAGCCAAAAGCGUGCCACCUAUGAAGUCAGCAGUCCCCCAACCCCCACCCUGAACACAUGUUCAACAUCCUCUGGGCAGAGCACUGAGACACAGCUGAGAAUUAGAGAGAGAGAGAGAAAGAGAGAGAGAGAGGGCAGUGAAGUGGAAGUAUGGGUGAGCAUCAGAGAAAGACAGAAAUAGAGCGAUAAAGCAGUGAAUUGGGCAGAGGGAGGAGGAAGAGGAGGAGGAGGGAGGAGGAAGAGAAGUGUUUCACUGAGGCGGCGAUGCUUCGUGCAGACAAGGUUAUUCCCUUGUAGCAGAGAGCUCUCGUCGUGUGUGGAUGUGAGGACCUCGUGGAUUUGCUCCCCGUCUGAGUCUCAGAGGAAUUCAUCGCAUCCAAAACAACUGCAGAUGGAGGAUGCGCCCGUGGCUGGAUGCUAGGAUGCUUGUUGGCCUGCUGUGACGUCUGCACUCAUCCUCUCUGUGGCUACCUCCUUCUUCUUCCUUCAUCAUCAUAAGGAUGGCUCCGGCGGCACUGACCCAGAUUGUGGCGUCCUGGCUCUUCUCCUCCUCCCCCGGUGGUCUGUGAAUGUGAUGCGCACGAGGAAAGCUCCACACGUCGGCGGAGACCGCUCAGCCCCGCCGCCUCUGCUGACAUCUGUCUCCGUGGAUACACGCAGCCACUGGCAGGGCUACGCCACCAAGACUGAUCCAUAAUAAUAAUCCCCAGCUGGAGAAUAAACAACAUCUGGGCGUGGAGAGAAGGGAGAGGGCCUCAGCGUCAGCAGGGUGGUUCGGCAGAUGGUGACUCUGCAGCAGCACUUCUCCAGCAUGGAGGAGACGGUGCGAACGCUACUACAGAACCCGGACUCACUGGAAGGGCCCAAGGUGGACCCACUGGACCUCAUGAAAGCAUACAAGGACAAACUCCUGGAGGAGAUGUGGAAGCAGCAGGACAGUCUGGAGGGUCCCACAGUCGCAGCAGCAGCAGCAGCAGCAGCAGAGAUGGCUGCCUCGCCUGAGGCCGGUGGAGGGUCGGAGGAGAAUUCAAAGGACAGCAAUCCCCUGCUAGAGCGACUCCGAGCCUUGGAGGCUGAGAACUCUGCUCUGUCAAUUGAAAACGACAAUCAGAGGAAGCAGUAUGAACACUGUCUGGAUGAGGUGGCUAACCAGGUGGUCCAGGCCCUCCUCACACAGAAGGACUUGAAAGAGGAGUGUGUGAAGCUGCGGACCCGUGUGUUUGACUUGGAGCAGCAAAACCGCAUACUGAGUGUGCUGUUUCAACAACGUGUCAAAAUGUCCACGAGUCCUGUCUCCCAGGAGGUCCAAAGGAAUGGAAAAGCAGGUAUUCCUGCAGGAAGGUGGCCCAGCCUGCUGAGUCUAACAUGCCCGCGCAGCAGUGGUAGCGGCAGUGGCAGUGAACUGUCACUAUCCAGUGCUUGUAGUGAGUACUCCAGUGGCUCCCACACUUGGGCAGAGGGACGUGGAUUCUCCAAGCAGUGUGCUGCAAGCCGGGACAAAAGGAUGAGUACAGGCUCAGUAUCCAGCAAUCACUCUACACCCAUCGAGCCGACAGAUCUGGGAUGGAAGGAAGGUCAUAUUCUAAAAGGACUGAAGCGUCUCCAAAUGUGCAGCUCCAAAGAGGCAUCCUCUAAUGCAUCUGUGCCACACUGCAAAGAUUGUAUGACCUCCAACGAGGGCAUAUACUCAUUUGGUGUCAAGUGUGGCCAACAAGGGAGUACAGCCAAGCAAGUAACCCCUACAAGUAAACCUUUCAAGGCCGGAGCAAGGACUGCUGCUCUAGACUCUGAUGAUGCAGAUUAUGAUUCAACUAAGUCACAAAGUGGGGAAUCCAGUGACCAACCAACAAAAGAGCUUGUUUGCUUAGAGAAACUGGAUGUCACAAGGGAUGAUGACAACAAUUUUCAAGAAGACCCUGUAAAACUUGCAGGGAAUUCAGGUCUUUUUCCCUCACCUGUCACAGACAACUUUUUAUUUUUGGAGGGCCCCGCAGUGAAACUUGGUGUAAGCCCAACAGAUAGCCUUACACAUCCGGAUGAAAAAAACAAAGACUCACUCGAAAAACACAAGCCAUCAGGCAUGAAGUUAAGUGACAGAAACAAUAACCAGGAAAGGUCUACUGACCGUAAAUCUAGACUUGAUCAUGUCAAAAGACAACAGGGCAGACUUGCAGUCAAGCAAGACGAACCAGGGACAAAUGAUAUGAGCUCUUCUAUUCAGCAUUCUGCAACAAGAGCUCUGAGCUGUGUGAGUGUAGCCAGACAGCGCAGCUCCUCAAUGGAGGUUCCUCACUGCAGAGACCAGGCAAGUCAAGCUGGCAGUGAAAGCCAGGACUUCACCAUCUCGGAAUCUCCAAAAAGGAAACCGAAACCUCAGCCUUGUGACUCGGCAAGAAAGGCUUUCAUUCUGCGGAGCAAGAGUGCGGAUGGAGGGAAAGAACAAUCUAAGCAUACACAUUCUCCUCUCCACCAAAAGCUUAUAAAGGGUAACAGGUCCAAAGGGCAGUCAACCCCUCCUGGGCACAGUGUUCCAAGCAAAAGGACAAAUCUUAGUAAAACACAAUGUUCAAGCAAGGGGUCAUUAUCUAAAGUUGAGAAAGAUGAGGAUAUUGCGGCAUCAACAAGUUCCAAGUCUCUCAAGAGUGUGCGCUCUCCCCUUGCUUCCCCUGUGAAACAUUCAAAGACAUUUAAGCCUCCAGGGAUCAAUGAAUGCUCAAAGAGCCCAACAAAAUCUCCUUUACAAAUCACUAGACAUCAAUCAAGCAAUGAGUCUGUGGAAGAGAGCAUCUAUGACAACCUACCCUGCUCUCCACGUAAACAACGACGCCAAGACCAGCACUGUGAUGUUUCCCAUUCAGAACAUAGGUCCCCAUCCCCACCACCACCACCCCCAGGUCGAACUACUUCUCUUGUCCUUAGGCCCAGUUGUGACAGCUUACCUAUAGCACAUAAAUCUGCAGGUCAGGUUCAAAGCUCUACUACUGGGAAGACAACAUUGAGCACCACCAAGCCACAAUCAAAUCUUUCUUCUAUUUUACAGCCGCAACAAUCCAACGCAACAAAGGACAAUCAACAUACAGCCCCACAAAUGGGUGCUGAUAGUAAACCACUGAAAGAUACCCCUGUCAAGCUCUACCAUAGCCACUCAUCACAGAUGCCACCUUUCCCAGUUCAAGAGUCUUCAGAGUCAGUCCCGAUAUCUAUGGACAGAACUGCCACAUGCCAUGAUGAACAUGGUGAUCCCUCUAUAUUUCCAAGUCAGAGCAUCUUACAGAGAUCCCAACAGAGCAUUAGUGAGCCAAAACUUUCAGAAGUCUUGCCUCAGGCAUAUUCUAAUGUUUACUACCAUGGGAUUGCCAAUAAUCCUCAGAGUUCCACCUCAAGAGCUAUAAAAAUGGCUCUUCCUGUAAAUGCUAAAUCUCAUGAGGCAAUCACUGGACAGGAAACCAAUACCUUCCUAAUUUUUGGAAGACAUAACAAAGAUGAUACAAACUCCACUGCAAAAAGCAUCCACACCUUUCAGACUUUUACGUGUGAUCCCCAGAUGAUACAUGAUUGUGGAGCUCAUGACAAAGUCCGCAGAAAGAUUGAGACCCGCUGUAACUCGCUGGAUUCUGAGCCCUCCGUUCAACCUGUUGCAUCAGACAGCGGUGUGAUGUUAGAUUGGGGAUUUGACGAGGAAGGUUGGCUGUUUAAACGGUCUGUGUCUGUGUCAACCAGACCUCCCCUUAAGCCAGUAAUGGGCAUGAAUGGGGCUAAGGCUCGUAGCCAGAGCUUUGGUGCACGCUACAUGGACAGGCCAAGCUUCAACAGAUCUGGAAAGGUCCGUACCCAGAUCAAAACACACUCAGGUAGCUCCUUGAACUCUCUUAGUGAUGUCCUUCCAGGAAGUAUGAGUUGCUCCAGUAGCUACCAUUGUCCAAUGAAUCGAUCCCUUUUGAACAACUUCUUGAUUGAAGAGGGCCUGGCAGUUCCUUCACAUUUGGGGUCCUCCAGUGAAAGACUUCAGAGUCUUAAACACCAACGAGAGCAGGCUAGGCGCCUUCAGAUUGAGCAGCAGUUUUCAAGCGCCUUUGGCGAGCCAGUUUCUGAAGAACCAGAGAGACAAAGUACUAUAACCACAAUCGAAGAGAAAGUGAUGCUCGGCAUAGAAGAGAACUUGCAUAAGACACAGGAACAGGAGAGAACCACUGAGGUGAAGCAAAAAUCUGGCUCAACCUUGGCAAAUUGGUUUGGUUUUCGUAAGAGUAAGCUUCCUGCUCCAAGCAGCAAAAAGACUGAUCCACCGAAAGUAAAAGAGGACAAGAGGGAGCAGAAGAUUACAUCACUUCUGGGAGGAAAGCAGACAAAAUCUGACAAAAAGAGAGACAGAAGAAAAAGCGAUGGAAAAGACAGCUCUGUGGGGAGAAGAGAGUCUCAUGAUGCAGUGCGGGCAUGCAUCUCUAUGCCCUGCCCAGGAAUGUCCCUGAAUGAGAUACAAGGACAUACUGACAUCUUCGGGGACCCGAAGAUGCAGAUGAUGAACCUGAGAGCUGAUGGGGAAAACGGAUCCACAGUGAAGAACAACCCCAACCAGGAUGCUGUAAUAGGCUCCGGCUGCAAGAUGCGAACGUUGGACAGUGGAAUUGGGACCAUCCCCCUUCCUGAAUCCUGUUCCUUCUUCUCCUCCAUCCUGCAACUCCUCCCCAAAUCCUCAUCAACCCCAGAACAGUCCCUCAGUCCUCCCAGUGUCCCCGGUUCCUCCAGCGAGGACGUGUCUCCUUCCCCAUUACCCCGUUGGAGAAUACCCUCCAGCUUUAAGGACAGCAGCCAUGCAGGGGUGCCAAACUCCCUCUCCGACUCCUCCAUGACCCAUAUCCAGUCAGUGCCUUUCCCUACUGUGGCCUUCCUCCAGCCUAUCCAACCCCAGUCUGAACCCAUUGUGACCUCUGCCAGUGUGUGUGAUACCCAGAGCAGGCUACCCAGACCACCACCAGGUGGGAUGGAACCAAAGAAGUUGACCUAUAUCAAAACGAAAACACGAGCCACUCCGAGCCAACAGAAAGAACAGACAAGACUUCAGCUCGCCAACUAGUUUCUGAAGCUGACUGAGUCAACCUGAAGCAAGGAAUCAAUCAAUCAGUUGGAUUUAUCACUCUCACACACAUGGAGGAUCCCUAAAUCCCACAGUUUGGACACGGCGUCUCUGUAUCAGGAUGAAACGCUCAGUGCUGGACAACAAGUGAGCUUGGCGUUGUGGGCUUCCACCUGGGCUCAGUGUGGCGUUGAGAUACUGAGUAGCCUUUCAGGUGUAGUAAUGAACCUUCUGGCAGCCAUUUUGGAGGUCUGCAGCUCAUUGGCUGCAGCUGUGAGCAGCUGGUUGAAUUUCUAAAAUGUACAACUCUGCUGUUUCAUGAGACUGGAGUUAAACAGACUAUUGUCCCCGGCGUUUUUUUUUUUGUUUUCCUUCGGAGAAGUAAACGUGAAUGACGAAUGAUUUUUUGGUUUUGGUGAUAUCAGGUUAGCUACUGUAGCACUUUCAUAGCUACCUGAAUCAUCACUAUCUUAUAAACACAUCUGAGUUGCACACAAGCCUAUGCAUGAAGGCCCGGUUUAAACUAAUGUUAGUGGCCAGUCUGCAUUCUUACAUUGCUACGACAUAACCAUGCUUGUUAGCUACCUAAACUAACUGCUCUAACUGUGAGUUGUUUCUGCCUCUAUGCUGCAGAAACGGAUGAGCGUAAUCACUUGAAUAAACUUACACCUAACAUACAUUGAAAUGUUCUUACAAAACAGCAUAGAUAUAUAUAGGAUUGUCCAUACUAUGUGGACACUACCAAGGAUUUUGUCCACUCUUCCAUAAUCUACACAUAAAAACACAUUAGAACAAAUUGUUUCAUACAUUAUCUGCUUUUGUAACGUAGUGGUUAAAACUACAUUCACUGUAUCAAGUUUAGCCACUAGGGACAGAGCAAAUAUUAAACACAAUGACUGACAUUGCUAACAUGUUCGCAAACAUUUACCUAUUUUCAUAUCCAGCAGGCUGUUUAUUUGGCCACUUUACAAAUCUAAUAUUCAUAAAAUAUUGUCUUUUUUUUAUCUCCUUUUUGGUCUCCACCAACUUUAAAGAAAAACGUUUGGGUCUUUAGCUUGCUAGCUGUCAUUUGGUGCGGGCAGCUAUUGAGCUACAGCGAGUUUAUCUGACUGUGGGGCUGUACAACCAAUACAAUGAGCCAGAAGAAAGUGUCAUUUGAUUCCAUUUUAUUUAAAAUAAAAAAAGAUUAAUGCAGGUUUAAAGGGACAGUUCAGCCCCAAAUCAUAAAUACAUAUUUUCGCUUCAAAAUUGCUUUGAGCACCACGAGCCGUGAGCCAUCUAGUUCCAUCAUACUACCCCAGAUAUCUCCAACACUCAGCAACUCACACCAAAACAAUCUAGAAUGAUAAGUAACACUACAGGUAAGAGGGAAAAUAUGUAUUUUAGAUUUUUGGGUGAACUGUUCCUUUAAAUAACUUUUCACAAGUACAAUCAAUUGACCACCAGACCUCCAUUAUGGCACCAGCUGUGGUCACCUUUGGAGAUUAAUGAUACAAAUUAAAGACCCCCACUAAAAUCCUGCUGAACAAAGAUUAUUUAGCGACAUUCAUUUGCAUACUCCAGUCAUGUAUGAACAUUUUAAUAUAGGCUAUGUUUAUGUGAAGAUCUAAUUCUGCUUUAGAUCAAAUACAUAGCUAAGCUACAAUACAUAUGUCAGUAAUUUAUUUUCAGGUGGAACCUUAUCAACUCAAGAUCACAGACUAUUCUGACUUCCUUCCUGAAGACAUUUUAUGUACAGCACUAACUACUGAUCGCCAUUCAUGAGCUCUAUACCUGACUGAGUAAUGUGAUUCUUUAAAUGUGCACUAUCUUGUUGGAAACUUUUUUUUAUUGUCACAAUGUUAAUAUCAACUUGCAUGCAACCACCCUAUGGCUUAUUCUAACCACAGAGAUGCAUCAUGUGAAUCUGAUGUUCAUCAUAUGAAGAGUUUCAUCACAAGAGGUGAAAAACACUGAUGUGUGAUGUGCACUGCUCAGUAUAUCACAAUCUGUCAUUACAUUAAACCUUGGGUAGGUAACAUUGGAGAAACCAGCAAGUUUAUGCUACAUUUUAAAAAUGAUCCAACCUAAAAACUCAGCCCAGUGUUGCCAACUCUUUUCCAAUGAAAGUUGUUAGCAGCACCAGCUCCAAAAGUCCCUACGG